AUGGCGACGGUCGCUCGCUGCGCACGUCACAUCAGUCUCUCGGUCCUCCGCGCGCCCGGUUCCAAUCACGCGCUCUCCCGGCGCCCGCUGCGCGCGACCACGACGUGGGCUGCUCUGCGCUCCGUGCCGCCGCGCAGCCGCGCGCUGACGGAUCGGCGGCGCAGCAAGACCACGCGGACGCAUGCAAGCGGUGGCGAGGAUGCGGCGGGAGAGGGCGCGACGGACGGCUCAGACGGCGGUUACUGGACCAUCAGAGAGCCUCACGGUGCGGAGACGGAGGCCAAGAAGUCGCGGUUCGUGGCGUUCGCGUGGCCAGUGUCCUCAGGCGACGAAGCGCUCGCGCGCGUAGAGGAGGCGUCCGACCCGUCGGCGUCGCACAACUGCUUCGCGUGGCGCAUCGGUGCACGGGGCCUGGACUAUCGCAGCAGCGACGACGGCGAGCCCGGCGGGACCGCUGGGCGGCCCAUGCUGUCCGCGAUCGAGGGCGAGGGCAUGUCGGACGUGUGCGUCAUGGUCACGCGGUACUACGGAGGCACGAAGCUGGGCACCGGCGGCCUGGCGAGGGCGUACGGCGGCGCUGCGCGGGAGGUCUUGCGGGACGCCCGGGAGCGCGGCAAAGCGGCGUACGCGCGCCCGAAGAAGCGCAUUGAGGUCGAGGUUCCGUACGCCAUGAUCGGCGCUGUGUACCAGGUGCUAGAGCAGGCAGGCGCCACGCGGCUCGGGGAGGAGUUUGACGCGGAGACGGCCUCGGUAAUCGCGGAGGUGGUCGCAGACGCGGCUACGCAGCUCGAAGACGCGUUGAAGAACGCUACGAGCGGGCAGGCAGGGGUGCAUGUGGGGGACAGCUGA